GAUUUACCAGGCUGUUUCUGAGUGUGGAUUGUUACCCUUGCCUGGUAAGAAAAUGUCGUCCAUCUUGCCAUUUACUCCGCCAGUGGUGAAGAGACUUCUGGGAUGGAAAAAAUCAGCCGGUGGGUCUGGAGGAGCAGGUGGCGGAGAACAGAAUGGACAGGAAGAAAAGUGGUGUGAAAAAGCAGUGAAAAGUCUGGUGAAAAAGCUAAAGAAAACAGGACGAUUAGAUGAGCUUGAGAAAGCCAUCACCACUCAGAAUUGCAAUACUAAAUGUGUUACCAUACCAAGCACUUGCUCUGAAAUUUGGGGACUGAGUACACCAAAUACGGUAGAUCAGUGGGAUACAACAGGCCUUUACAGCUUCUCUGAACAAACCAGGUCUCUUGAUGGUCGUCUUCAGGUUUCACAUCGGAAAGGGUUGCCACAUGUUAUAUAUUGCCGGUUGUGGCGCUGGCCGGACCUUCACAGUCAUCAUGAGCUCAAAGCAAUUGAAAACUGCGAAUAUGCUUUUAAUCUGAAAAAAGAUGAAGUAUGUGUAAAUCCUUACCACUACCAGAGAGUUGAGACACCAGUUUUGCCUCCAGUAUUAGUGCCUCGGCACACAGAGAUUCUAACAGAACUGCCGCCUCUGGAUGACUAUACUCACUCCAUUCCAGAAAACACUAAUUUCCCAGCAGGAAUUGAGCCACAGAGUAAUUACAUCCCAGAAACACCACCACCUGGAUAUAUCAGUGAAGAUGGAGAAACAAGUGAUCAACAGUUAAAUCAAAGUAUGGACACAGGCUCUCCAGCUGAACUGUCUCCUACUACUCUCUCUCCUGUUAAUCACAGCCUGGAUUUGCAGCCAGUUACUUACUCGGAACCCGCAUUUUGGUGUUCAAUAGCGUAUUAUGAACUAAACCAGAGGGUUGGAGAGACCUUCCACGCAUCGCAGCCCUCGCUCACUGUAGACGGUUUUACAGAUCCGUCAAACUCAGAGAGGUUCUGCUUAGGUUUGCUCUCCAACGUUAACCGAAAUGCUACUGUAGAAAUGACAAGAAGGCAUAUAGGAAGGGGAGUGCGCUUGUAUUACAUAGGUGGGGAAGUUUUUGCCGAGUGCCUAAGUGAUAGUGCAAUCUUUGUGCAGAGCCCCAACUGUAACCAGAGAUACGGCUGGCACCCUGCAACAGUGUGUAAAAUUCCGCCAGGCUGUAACCUGAAGAUCUUCAACAACCAAGAAUUUGCUGCUCUUUUGGCUCAGUCUGUUAACCAGGGUUUUGAAGCUGUUUAUCAGCUAACUCGAAUGUGCACCAUAAGAAUGAGUUUUGUGAAGGGUUGGGGAGCAGAAUACCGGAGGCAGACAGUAACAAGUACUCCGUGCUGGAUUGAACUUCACCUGAAUGGCCCCCUGCAGUGGUUGGACAAAGUGUUAACUCAGAUGGGAUCCCCUUCAGUGCGAUGCUCGAGCAUGUCCUAGAGUCCGCCACCAGUCAUGCUCAUCAGAGACUCCGUGCAACAACUCUUCCGUCGUAGUGUUUGUGUAUGAUCCCGUGGACUGUUCGCUAGCCAAAAAUUCCAGAGCGAAAACAGCACUUGAGGUCUCAUCAGUUAAAGCACCUUGUGGAAUCUGUUUCCUAUAUUUGAAUAUUAGAUGGGAAAAUUAGUGUUUAGAAAUGCCCUCCCCUAAGGGGGAAGAGAAGACUGAAAGACUUGAUGUCGUCUUGUUGGGCAUAAGACAGUGUCCCAAAGGUUAUUAAUAACAGUAGUAGUUAUGUGUACAGGUAAUGUAUCAAGACCCAGUAUUGCAGUACUAUGCUGUUUGUAUACAUUUUUAGUUUGCAUAAAUGAGGUGUGUGUGCUGCUUCUUGGUCUAGGCAAGCCUUUAUAAAGUUACAGUACCUAAUCUGUUAUUCCCACUUCUCCGUUAUUUUUGUGUCUUUUUUAAUAUAUAAUAUAUAUAUCAAGAUUUUCAAAUUAUCGUUUAGAAGCAGAUUUUCCUUGUAGAAACUAAUUUUUCUGCCUUUUACCAAAAAUAAACAAACUCUUGGGGGAAGAAAAGUGGAUUAACUUGGAAAUCCUUGACCUUAAUGUGUCCAGUGAAUCUUAGCAGUCAUUCUUUGUGUUUAUUUCCUGCCGAAUUGCAUUAGAAGGAGACCUUACUGGAAACUUCCAAGCUCUUCAUCACAUUUCUGUUGAUACAAAACAGUACAGCAUGAUAUCACUCUGGUAAAAAGUUGUACUGAUGGCUUCUGGGGUAGUUAGUUAAACCUGAGUCUGGUAAAGGUUUGCAGAGAGUAAGUCCUUUUGUUUUAUAACCAAACUUCGGCAGAUAAUAACUGACUUGUAUAACCUGUUGGUCUGUUGAUUAACUUUUGUCUCAAAACAUGCACAGGUGGCAGUAUAAUUAUUUUCAGGGCUAUUCUAGAAUCAUCUCAGUAUGUGUUUCCUUCUUCCAAAGUCAGUCUAAUAAUAAAGUACCUUUCUGUAAAGGCAGCCGACCUUCUGCCUCGUUGUAUUAUAAAGUGGACCUUUUGUAUGUGGAGUGACACUGAGGUAUGGUCAGCAGAUAGGGCCAUCAAAGUAUAUUCUAUGUAUUUAUGAAUGGAAUGUUAUAUGAUUUCAAAAUUUUAAAGAUUGGGAGCUAAGCCUUUUAGCCAGAUAUUUAGCCUGCAGUUGCCUGUAGUCUGAGCUCUUCUUGACUAGUCCUCAGUGUGUGGUUCACUGACCUUUCUGUUCUGCAGUAAGGAGAUCCCAGCUGUUCUGUUGGUCCUCCAUUGUGCGGCACACAACAGUCAUGCCCAGUGUUGACUCCUUUCUUGUUUGCAACUCUGUAUAAAUGGAAAAUAUUUCCUGGUCU